GAAGAUAGUUCUUUAAGAUUGAUCCUCCGCCCCGAGCAGACAGCCUCGCGCUCUCUCACAGGCUCGCUGCUGCUUUGAUCUUCCCUUAACAACAGUCACGUCAUAGGGGAGUUUUGUCAAGCGGAGCUGCAGCAGAGUUUUAGAGGGUUCAGCAGAGGCAGCAAAGCAUCCACGGGACCAGUGUCCGACACAAGAUCCAGUUUUCUUAUUUUUUUUGUCACCGCUUAACCUCGGGCACCACUGAAGACAUGGAACACCAGUUGUUUUGCUGUGAAGUGGAUACCAUUAGAAGAGCUUACCAAGAUAGCAACCUGUUGAAUGACCGAGUUUUACAGACAAUGCUCAAAGCAGAGGAAAACUAUCUUCCAUCACCAAAUUAUUUCAAGUGUGUUCAGAAAGAAAUCGCACCUAAAAUGAGGAAAAUCGUCUCCACAUGGAUGCUCGAGGUCUGUGAAGAACAGAAAUGCGAAGAGGAAGUUUUUCCGUUGGCUAUGAACUACCUGGACAGAUUUUUAUCUGUGGAGCCCACCAAAAAGACCAGGUUACAGCUGUUAGGGGCAACUUGUAUGUUUUUGGCCUCUAAGAUGAAAGAGACUGUGCCACUAACAGCAGAGAAGUUGUGCAUAUACACGGACAACUCCGUCCGUCCCAGUGAAUUAUUGCAAAUGGAACUGCUGGCACUAAAUAAACUGAAGUGGGAUCUUGCCUCAGUCACACCACAUGAUUUCAUUGAACACUUCCUCGCCAAACUGCCUAUACACCAGAGCUCCAAGCAGAUAUUGCGCAAGCACGCCCAGACGUUUGUGGCCCUCUGUGCAACAGAUGUUAACUUCAUCGCAAGCCCUCCAUCCAUGAUCGCGGCCGGCAGCGUUGCAGCAGCAGUGCAGGGGUUGUACCUGAAAAGCAGCGACAGUUGCCUCUCAUCCCUGAACCUCACCAACUUCCUCUCACAAGUCAUCAGAUGUGACCCUGACUGUCUGCGAUCGUGUCAGGAACAGAUCGAGUCCCUGCUGGAAUCUAGUCUCAGACAAGCUCAGCAGCACAACAUCUCCACAGAGACCAAAAGAGUGGAGGAGGACGUGGACCUCUCUUGCACUCCCACAGACGUCAGAGACAUUAAUAUCUGAACGGAUCGCUAUUCAUCUUGUGUGCGAUGAAUCUCUUCGUCUUUGUUUCUGUUGGGUAUGGGCUUUGGCCAAAGGCUUCAUGGGACAAAUGGAAAAUGGGCUCCCACCUGCACCCCACAAUCCGACCAAUACCUCGACAACUUGCCCCUCAGCGCGCCCAAACUGUUGACUGCUGAGCGGCAUCCCCUGUGGUUUUGACGAUUGGGCUAUCGCUGGCCAGGACCACCAGUGGAGGACAAGGAAUGAAUGGAAAUCUCAAUUCUGCCCUUCAGCCCCCCUCUAUGUCCUAAGUCAAAAAUAAAACAAGCAAAAAUGGUAUAGGCUAUCUAGGAUUUUAAAAUUGUAUAAACGACAACAGUAGUUGUGACUUGCCCUGACUUGUCGCUAAAAAAAACAACGUUGGGAUUUUUUAUUUCAAGUGUGUCAAAAACUAUUUUUGAAAGAGAAGAGAAGAGAAGAGACUUUUUUUGUAUGUUCCAUUUCUUUCUCUCAUAGAUAGUACCUUGUUACACUUGUUACGAGUGCUCCCUGCUUUUUCUGCAGUCUAGCCGUGUAAAUAUAUCCCUGCUUGCCAUGCCUUUAGUCACUUUAUUAUAAUUCCUAGACAGAUUCCCUAACAUGAUUCUCUUCUCUUCCAAAAUGGUUUAUGUAUCUUUAGUAUAUUUUUUACGCAUGUAUUUUUGUUAUGAUCUAGAAGGCUGUGGAUUGCCAGGGACUGAUGUUUUAACUUGAGGCCAGACAGAAACAUUUCUUUGAACUUAAUGCCUUCACUGCCAUUUAUGUAUAUCGUCAUCGCUGCCAUGACACAAUAAGCUUAUGUUGUACCUGCUCCCCGGCUAAGCUUGCAGUGCAGUCCACAGUCUGCUUUUUGUUUAGAUUCAUGUAUUAUCUAAAACCAUUCCAUUUAAAAAAGAAAAAAAGCACUUUCAGUCCGUCGUUUAAGGCUGACUUUUAGAGGAAAAAAAAAAAAAAGA